UCAAUCAAAGUCGUCGUCAUCGUCAUCUGAUUGGCUGCAGCUGUGUCAAGUUGUGUAGCAGGUCACGUGGUUGUGCAACGAUGGAGGAGUUGGCGUUGGAGCGGUACUUUGAUGAUUCGAUCGCAAAUGACUCCUGCCUCAUGGUGGGGGAGGACCUGGGCCUUCACAGCCCCGCCCACCCACUUCCAAGCCCCGCCUCUACAAGUCAGGACUCCACCCACCAGUCGACAAAGGCGGGGCCCAGCCGAGAGCUGGCGGACGAGCUGGACCUCAGCUUCCUUCCUGAUGAGCUCGGAGCGCAGGACGACGCAGGUGUCAACACGUCCCACCACAGCGGCAUUGGACUGGACUUCCCUUCCCAGAAUUCCUCGGUGACCCCAAAUAAACCCUCGCAGGAGUCACCCACGGCCGGCCCCUCCCUUUUCUGCCCCAUGACGCCCAUGGCCCCCAUGACCCCCAUGACGCCGGUGACCGAGAGGUCAGGAAUCGUCCCUCAGCUGCAGAACAUCGUGUCCACUGUCAACCUGGGCUGUCCUCUAGACCUCAAGUUCAUCGCUCUUCAAGCCAGGAACGCCGAGUACAACCCCAAGCGCUUUGCCGCCGUCAUCAUGAGGAUCCGCGAGCCCAGAACCACAGCACUGAUCUUCAGCUCAGGGAAGAUGGUCUGCACCGGAGCUAAGAGCGAGGAGCAGUCUCGACUGGCGGCCAGGAAGUAUGCCCGCGUGGUGCAGAAGUUGGGCUUCUCCGCUCGCUUCCUGGACUUCAAGAUCCAGAACAUGGUGGCCAGCUGCGACGUCUGCUUCCCCAUCCGACUGGAGGGACUGGUUCUGACCCACCAGCAGUUCAGCAGGUACGCCGACAAGAUGGCAAGGCUAAGGACGCUGAAGGAGGAGGAGCAGCGGCUGCAGCAGAGCGUGGUCGGCGCCAUGCGCGGGAAGCUGCGAGCUGACGAGACGAAGUGGAAGAUGAUGGCGAGCGGCGUGAAGAUGCGGCAGCUGCAGGAGGCGCUGGCGUGCGCUCGCGAGGAGGUGAAAAGCGACAAAGAGCUGCUGCUGCGCUCCCAGGACGAGCGCCAGCGCUUGCAGCGGCGCGCCGGGCGCCAUCAGCUCAAGCAGGACAAGAUUGAGCGACACAACCGCCGCCUGGGAGAGCUUCUGGAGCGCCGCAAGCACGAGCUGCACGAGCGCCUGGGUCAGCUGGCGGCACUACGGCGGGAUCACAUCGUGGAGCUGAUGGCGUACAUCUUCCCCGCACGCGAAGAGAAAGCGUGCAGCAGAGACCCCGCCGACGUGGCGGCCGACUGUGACGCCGCCUUGACGUCCAGCACAGUCAGCGAGCUGGCCGAGGCGCGCAGAACGACCUACCUGUCGGGGCGUUGGGUCUGGGACGACCAGAACGGCGAGACCAGCAUCAGUAUCACAGGCCCCGCCGUCGCGCUGCCGAGCAACGGAGACUGCUCCGCCUACUACAGCUGGGUGGAGGAGAAGAGUACCAACCAGGGGCCAGAACUGGACCACAUCAACCCCGCCCACACCAUCAGCGCCGCACUGUGCUACGCCACCCAGCUGGUCACCAUCUUGUCGCACAUUCUGGACGUCAACCUGCCCAAGAAGCUGUGCAACAGCGAAUUUUGCGACGACAACCUGAGUCGGUACCGCUUCACCCGAGCCCUGAACAAACUCAACACCAACCUCCUGCACCUAUGCUUCUCUCAGCACGUGGACAGUGACAAGCUCCACCCCCACCACACCUUGCGCAACAUCAUGUUCCUGGUCUCCCCCGACAACGCCGACCUGGGCAGGACGGGGCCCUUCGAGGUGAGCGCUGACCUGGAGGAGUCCAUGGAGUUUGUAGAGCCUGAAGCUUCCGGACCCGCCGAGGAUAGCGCGGAUGAGGCGGUGACGGACGAAGAGACGGAUCUCGGCACCGACUGGGAGACGGUUCCCAGUCCGCGCUUCUGUGACAUUCCGUCACAGCCCAUGGAUCUUUCCCAGAGUGCACUGCAGGUGUCCCAGCCGUCCAUCAACACAGGAGGUAUGAUCUCAUCUGCCGCCGCCUCCGUCACAUCCUGGUUCCGAGCUUACACGGGUCAACGCUGACCUCACAUGGACAACUCAGUCCUCUUCUCUUGCCUGCCGCCAUGCACGCACGUCCGUUGCACCGGAGAGACGCCGGUUGCCAUGGCGACCGGGAGGCCCGGUCGCAGGCCCAGCAAUGACACUGACACGCCUUUAAAGGGGCGGAGCUGCAAAGGUGAAAUAAACAAUGUUUUUCAUGGAUUUGAACUUGCAGUACAAGUAGUGAGAGUAUAUCACAAAUACUUUGUCAGAGUGGAAUCAAUCCAACCUUUACCUGAACGUUACCUGCAAGUUGUCUUACCACACGUGUACCACGAUUACACAACUACAGCCAGCUGGGGGCACUGUUCUGCCAACAAAGUCCUGAUAAAGCUUACGGUACAUUGUCAAAGAUUUUCAACAAACAUCUUUGAAAGUGGACUAUUUGAUGUGAACUCAUUGGAGCCUUAAAUGGGAACUGCACAUUUAUUGGAAUGUUCAAAAUCAUUAUAAAAGACAAGACGACGGAGGAA